GUUCUAGUUCUUCUUUCUAACUUGAUCUAACAUCAAAAAAUUAAAUGUCAACAAAACAAAUACAAGAAUAACAAGAAAUCUCAGUUUGAGAUGUUUAUAUUUUAUUAUUUCAGUGGGCUGCUGCUGCUGCUAGUAUUUUUGUCAGCAGAUGGAAAUCUUAUGAUCUUUGCUCCUCAUAAAGAUUUCUGUUGAGUUGCUGUUUAGGAUAUUCACCACUAGGGGGAGCUGCAGACCCGGGACCCUGUAAUGUUGCUUAAAUCUAAACAAAUAUACAAAACAUCGCAGUUUGACGGAAUUAAAAACUAAAAUUAUAGAGUCAUUACUCAGAAGUUAGGAUUUAGUGACGUUUAUAAGUUCUUGAGGUUUUCUAUAUUUUGUCAUUAAGAAAUGCUUUCUGAACUAAACUCCAGCAUUUAAAAAAAAUCAGCAUUUGGUUUUUUUAGACGGGGAGAAAAUUGUAUUAUUAUUAUCCAGUAAAUGUCUAAAAGAAGCUCAUAAUGAAAUUUAAUGGACAGUAGAACUGAUUGACAGAAAACCUUCAGGUUGAGUCUUUACUCAAACAGAAACGCGUCACAUUUUACUGUGACCAAACCUGAUCAACAGCUCUCCUCUUGGUAUUCCCACCAUUUCCUGUCAGGUCACAUAUUUGCUUGUUCCUUCCCCUUCUGUGCUCAAGUUUAAAUAUAGGUAUGACUCAACAGUCACAGUUACAGAAAACAGAAAUGGAGCAGCAGGCAGUUCAGCUGGACCGAGAAACUUUCUCCUGUCCGAUCUGUUUGGAUCUACUGAAGGAUCCGGUGACGAUUCCCUGUGGACACAGCUACUGUAUGAACUGUAUUAACACCCACUGGGAUGAACAGGAUAAGAAAGGUAUGUACAGCUGCCCUCAGUGCAGAAAAACCUUUAUACCAAGGCCUGACCUGGAGAAAAACACCAUGCUAGCAGCUUUAGUGGAGCAGCUGAAGAAGACUGGACUCCAAGCUGCUGCUGCUGAUCACUGCUAUGCUGGACCUGAAGAUGUGGCCUGUGAUUUCUGUACUGGGAGAAAACUGAAAGCCAUCAAGUCCUGUUUAGUCUGUCUGGCCUCUUACUGUGAGAAACACCUUCAGCCUCAUCAUUAUUUAGCAACUUUCAGGUACCACAAGCUGGUCGAGCCGUCCAAGAACCUCAAGGAGAACAUCUGCUCUAAGCAUGAUGAGGUGAUUAACAUGUUCUGCCGCACUGAUCAGAAGUGUAUCUGUAGUCACUGCUUAAUUAAUGACCAUGAAGGUCAUGACACAGUGUCAGUUGCAGCAGAAAGGACUGAGAGGCAGAGAGAGCUGGAGGAGAGACGAGGAAACAUCCAGCAGAGAAUCCAGGACAGAGAGAAAGAUGUGAAGCUGCUUCAACAGGAGGUGGAGGCCAUCAAUCACUCUGCUGAUAAAACAGUGGAGGACAGUGAGAAGAUCUUCACUGAGCUGAUCCGUCUCCUCCAGAAAAGAAGCUCUGAUGUGAAGCAGCAGAUCAGAUCCCAGCAGGAAACUGAAGUGAGUCGAGUCAAAGAUGUUCAGGAGAAGCUGGAGCAGGAGAUCACUGAGCUGAAGAGGAAAGACGCUGAGCUGGAGCAGCUCUCACACACAGAGGAUCACAACCAGUUUCUCCUCAACUACCCCUCACUGCCAGCACUCAGUGAGUCUACACACUCAUCCAGCAUCAACAUCCGUCCUCUGAGACACUUUGAGGACGUGGCAGCAGCUGUGUCAGAGCUCAGAGAGAAACUACAGGACGUCCUGAGAGACUCAUAUAAAAUCAUCUCACUGAAAAUCAGGAAGGUGGGUGUUCUACUGCCAGAAGUAGAACCAAAGAGCAAAUCUGACUUUUUAAGAUAUGCAUGUAAAAUCACAUUGGAUCCAAACACGGCUCACACACAGUUGGUGCUAUCAGAAGGGAACAGGAAGGUGACAUUGAUGAAUCAACCUCAGUCUUAUCCAAGUCAUCCAGGCAGAUUCAUUGGGUGUUGUCAGGUUCUGAGCAGAGAGAGUUUAACUGGACGUUGUUACUGGGAGGUGGAGUGGAGAGGGAGAGGAGGAUUUGUAGCUGUUUCAUACAAUAAUAUCAGCAGAGCAGGAGGUGGGAAUGAAUGUGCAUUUGGUCGGAAUAACAAGUCUUGGGCUUUGGAUUGUUACCAGAAAAAAUAUACACUUUUUCACAAGAACAUCAAAACUCCCGUCUCAGGUCCAGUUUCCUCCAGAGUCGGAGUGUACCUGGAUCACAGAGCAGGUAUUCUGUCCUUCUACAGCGUCUCUGAAUCCAUGACUCUGAUCCACAGAGUCCAGACCAGAUUCACUGAGCCGCUACAUGCUGGAGUUUGGAUUUAUUAUACCAAAGACGCUGCAGAGUUCUGUAAACUCAGAUAGACUGAGUUUGAAUUUCUCUGUGUUGAAUUUUUCUGUGACAUGUUUUGUAUUGCUGUUUUAUGUAUUUGGUUGUACUUGAACUAAGAAAAAAACUGUGGAGAGUCACUUUCGUCUAUUCUUAAAAUUUUUGGACACGUUAUUUUACCCUGUUUGGAAAUUCAAAGCAAAUGUUUUCAUUGCUGCUGUCUGGGGUUUCCAAACUUUUCAGCCUUGUGACUUAAAGUAACAUAGCCAGAGAUUGGCGACCUCAUAAAAUACAUAUAGUUAUUUAAUUGUAUAAGUUUUUAAAUAAAUUUAUUUUAUAAAAAUUAUUUUGGAUUAUGUACUUUAAUCACUUAAAAUGCAUAUUACAUUAUUUAAUGAGACACUUAAUGGUAAAUUUAUUUAUUUAAUUUUAUUCAUUUAAUUAAUUUUGUCUCUAUUGGCCCUUAAUACACAUCAGGGCUCACAUUCCUAUGACAAUGAAAAUUAUUUUACGAUACCCUACUUGGUGUCUUUUGUGAAGCCCUGAUCUAGCAGUAUUUUUAACUGAUAACUAAAAUGUAAAUAUAAAAAUGUAGCUUAUCAGAAGCUUUCUCUUAAAAAAAUUACUAUUGCAUCAGAAAUAUCUCUCUGUAGAAUUUGUCAUUUAAAUCUUCUCAACAAAACAAACUAGAAAAAUGAGUGUAGUUUCCUUCAGAUUUUUUCCCAGGUGAGAUUUUGUUGCACCUUAUUUUGAUUUGCAUAUUGUUCCGUGUUUGUGUCAAUGAAUGUGAAUCUUUGUUCUAAAUGCUAUUAAACCAAAAGUGAAUUAAAAGUCAAUUUCGCUGCUUGCUUUAGUCGGAAAAGCCAGUUUCCGUGUUCACUUACGAGAACAGCUUGACACUCACAACAUGGCGGACGU